CACACGUACGGCACCGUUACUUGAGCCAUGAUGAGUUGGGCCGCUGAACAGCCCGCUUUGGAGAUCAAUGAGGCGGUCGGCAAACUGUUGCAGUCCUUCAACUAUGAAACUAUCGUGCCUCAACCUAACAAAGGUGGAGGUUGUAUUCGACGGCCACACGUCAAACGUCCUAUGAAUGCCUUCAUGGUGUUCGCACAAGCCAUGCGUAAGCGCCUAUCAGAGCAGAGACCAUCUUUACACAACGCCGAACUUAGCAAAUCACUUGGAUCUAUGUGGAAAAGUCUAAGCGAAGAAGAGAAGAUGCCAUUCAUAAAAGAAGCGGAAAAACUACGAAACAAACACAAAAAAGAUCACCCGGAAUACAAAUAUCAGCCGCGCCGCCGGAAACCACCCCCCACUUCCGCGCGGUUCAAAAGAGAGCCUUCGCCUGACAGGACCCAAAUAGACUUUUCUAGAAUAGAAAUGGACGGCGCACUUUUAGCAGACGGCCCACCAGAUGGAGCCGAAUUAGACCAAUAUUUAAAACCUGCACCGAUGCCUGAGUACCACGAGAUGCAACCGCGAUACACCCACACGUUAACACACGUUCCUCCCCUCUACACCCCCGUACCUCACUUACACCCCCCUUGCCCCGAAUGGCACAAUUAUCCAGGACAUCCAUAAUAGUGAAAUGGAAAUGGGUUUCAUAAGUUAGACAGUUAAUGAUAUAACGUAUAAAAAUGUGUAUUCAUAGCUAUUAUUAAACUGGAACAAAGAGUCAAAUAAAGUUUAGUAAAAUUACUAAACAUUAUCAAAUGAAAGUGAAUUAGAAACCUAUUAAAUGGCAUUAAAACUUUUAGUUGUUAUCUUUACAAAAACUUAUAAUAUAAUUAAUAUUGAAGCGGUUUAAUCCAAAAAAGUUUUUGUUAUUUAAAAUUAGGUCACAACGCAAAAGACUUUAGUACUGUUUUUUUGUCACCAUAUGGAUGUUAGAUGGGUCGUCACGCACGUGCGUAAUCGUAAGCAAAUAUUAGUUUUAGAAGUCUCCUAUUAAUGAUAAAGCUCAGUAAAAGUAAGAUAACCUAAUUUUCAAACUUACUUAUUGAUUUUCGAACUUCCGGAAGCCCCCAAUGAGGCAAGGGAAAGUUCAUAUCUGCAUAUCUUUUAUUUUCUUAAGAACUCCACGAACACGUCGGCCAUAUUUAGGCUAUUUUUUUAAUUGUUCACGUUUGGGAGCUACAUUCACUAAAUAGUUAUUGAAAAUGUUAAUAAGCAUUGAUGCUAUUGUUCUGCGUAAUUUUGUUUUUGAACGUUAAUUGUUCCAUUGUCUAAUAUUUCUGUCAUCUUAAGCAUAAAUCAUAAGUUUGUAAAUAGAUAUUGAUUACCUAUAAGUUAGUAUAUGUUCGUUAGUGAUAUGUAUUCUGUAGUUACGUAGAUACAUAUUUAUCUCCAAAGUAAAUUAGAUUCCUUUAUUAUAGUGCACUAAAAGAUUGCGCAACACUUUACAUUCACACGAAAAUUAAGAUAUUCCUACCUAUCACGUGUGUAUAUGUUAAUUAUGUUUCGAAUCUUCAUUGUUAUGUUAAAAUUACAUAUUCAUAUACCUACACAUACUCUUAACAAAGCCAAUUUGACAAUAUCCUUGCUUCUGUUUUAAUUCGUCCUUGUAAUUAAAAGUGUAGCCAUCUUUGUGAACUAAAUUAGUCUUAUAACACUGAUUUAACAAUAACCUAUAAAGAUUUGCUGCUAAUUGAUUGUAUAACAAAAGCACUUACCAGCUAAAACAAUGGAAUCAGUGAUAAGGAUUUUAUAAAUAAGGCUGUUAGUAAUUUAAUAUAUAAGUAAGAUACCUUAAACGGCUUGAUAAGUUAUUGUGAUUAUAAAGAAGAUAUCAUGUCAUUAAAUA